AUGGCACUCAGUCAAUCGUGGGCUGAAGAAGUAUUCAACUUUCUAAUAGAGGGGGAAAGGAUAAUCAUGAUGGAGUAUAUUGAGGAUGAUGUUGAAUGGACAGUCAUUAAUUCAGAGGUCAAAUCUACUUCUGCAUCAGGUGUUUAUCCCGGAAAAAAGGAAUUUGGUGAAAAAGCAGUCCCAAUUCUAGUUGGAACAUUCCAGGGAUUACCGCAAUAUACCUUGAAACGAUUGUCAGUAGCUGGUAAUGUCGCUAUAGGUGAAUUGAGAGGUGAGGUAGUAGGGAAGAAAGACAAUGAGAAAUUUAUUGGACUGUAA